GUAGGCAGAGCCAGUGUUUGUGCUCGUGUUUUCUUUGUGCUGUAUAUAUUUUUCAGCGUGGUUCUGCUGUUGUAUGUUUGGUUCUGUAUUGGUAUCAUUGGUUCCUCUUCGAAGUGAGUGAGCGGUACCGGACUCACACCUCUCGUUUUCUGUCAGUAGUGUUCAGGCCUGUCUGUGUCUGAGAAUAUCUACACGACUGAACUCUUAUCACCAUGGACAAAGCAGAUUUCCUGAAAGGACUACCUGUGUAUAACAAGACUAACUUCAGCCGAUUUCAUGCAGACUCUGUAUGUAAGGCAUCGAACAGAAGGCCGUCGGUUUAUCUGCCUACACGAGAGUAUCCAUCAGAACAGAUUAUAGUCACAGAGAAGACAAACAUUCUCCUGCGUUACCUUCAUCAACAAUGGGACAAAAAGAAUGCAGCUAAAAAGCGAGAGCAGGAGCAAGCGGAAGGCGAGAGCGGCAGCCCGGCACCUCCUCGCAAAAUCGCCCGAACAGACAGCCAGGAGAUGAACGAGGACUCUUAGAGGAACCCUCGAUCCAACAGCACAAGGACCGACUCGAUAAGCCCAGAACAUACAAACACCUGCACACCACACAGGAAUUUCAUCUCAGACUGAACGAAAUGAAAACGGCUUUACUCAUGGUGUGCUUUAUUUUACUGAGUGCUUCCUGAUGCAGUCAGUGCCCCUCACCCAGACCGACUGCCCGGAUUCGAACACGCCGCGGGCGUGACUGGUUUUCACUGCCAGCUUUGAUGGUUCUGGUGAAUUCUGAACGGUGGCGGGGGGUCGGGUACAGUGAUAUUCAACAAGCACAUAAUAAGGAAGGUUCAGACUGUGUGCUAUACCAUUGUGAGAUGUGUAACAUUGUGAUUUGUUAAGACACUGUUUAGGCAAUUUAAAAGCACUCUGUAAACCCGGCUUUCCCGUAUACUUUGGCACAGAAACCCAACACGCAGUCUCAUCUCUCAGUCUCCAAAGGGAAAGCAUUGAAACCAAGAUUAUAUAUGUAGUAUUUUGUAUGGGUGAUGAUGAUGGUGUUCCUAACAAGUGCACACUUGUGCAUGAAUGCACUGUUAGGACUGUCACCAAUGUCAGGGUAAAGAAAUGAUGACAUACAAAUGCAUAAUCACCACUGUUAUAUGAGCUUUCAAUGAUGUGUCCGUUGAUUCUUAUUCUUAAGGGGAAAUCUUGUGUGCUGAUUCCAUCAUGAUCCUGAUGAAUUUUGCUUGUCUGGAUUGAGAGCUAAGAUGCAUUCAUCUCUUAACCUGCGGAGGGAGUCAGUGAGCUGUGUUUAAUAAAAGAAGCACCUUUAGG